CUUACCCGAAGCUGUUGAGGUCUCUUCCAAUCUGUGGAUUUCCGUUCCUUCUGGGUUAUUUUGUAUACCUUCUCUGUAAGAACGACAAAGUAACCCGUUCGGAUUAACACUUUAAAAAAACCAGCAAAAGGAAUAGUUGGUUUUCUCAUUCAAAAAAAGCGGCUGCCUGCAGCUCCCCAUGCUCCGCCCCGUGAGCGCUGCUGAGCCCGCCGGUGCCGGUGGGUCCGUACUGGGCUGCAGCUGAAGCCGAGCAGACGGGGUGCCUGGUGGUGGUGGGUGGUCAUCAUCCGAGGGCCCGGAGCCCCCCGAUAGCAGGCGGAGGGGGCCUGUCCUGUCCGAGCCACACGAAGAUGAACAGACUGACCUUCCACAACAACAAAACCAUGCAGGACCGCCGCUGUGUCUGUGUCUUUCUGCCCAACGACGACACGCUCAACGUCAUCGUCAACGUGAAGACCUUGUGCCAGGAGCUGUUGGUGCAGGUGUGUGACCUCCUGAGGCUGAAGGACUGCCACCUGUUUGGACUCAGCGUUAUUCAGAAUAAUGAACACAUCUACAUGGAGCUGGAUCAGAAGCUCUCCAAAUACUGCCCCAAAGAGUGGAAGAGAGAAGCCAGCAAGGGCAUCGACCAGUUUGGGCCUCCGAUGAUCAUCCACUUCAGAGCUCAGUACUACGUUGAGAACGGGAGAUUAAUCAGUGACCGGGCGGCGAGGUACUACUACUACUGGCACCUGAGGAAACAGGUGCUGCUCUCGCAGUGCAUCCAGAGGGAGGAGGCCUACUUUCUGCUGGCGGCCUUCGCGCUGCAGGCCGACCUCGGCAACUUCAAGCGCAACAAGCACUUCGGGAAGUACUUUGAGCCAGAAGCCUACUUCCCUCCGUGGGUGAUAGCCAAGCGUGGCCGUGAGUACAUCCUGCGGCACAUCCCCAACAUGCACAAGGACCAGUUUGCUCUCACGGUGUCGGAGGCGCACCUGAAGUUCAUCAAGGAGGGCUCCCGCCUGGACGACGUCCCCGUCCACUUCUACCGGCUCUACAAGGACAAGAAGGAGGUGGAGGCGUCGCUGACAUUGGGACUGACUUUACGCGGCAUCCAAAUAUUUCAGAACGUCGGUUCUGUGAGGCAGCUCCUGUACGACUUCCCCUGGACCAACGUGGGAAAACUGGUAUUCGUGGGGAAGAAGUUUGAGAUCCUCCCCGACGGCCUGCCCUCGGCCCGUAAGCUCAUCUACUACACCGGCUGCCCGCUGCGCUCCCGCCACCUCCUGCAGCUGCUCAGCAACAGCCACCGGCUCUACAUGAACCUGCAGCCCGUUCUCAAGCAGGUCCGCCGCUUGGAGGAAAACGAAGACAAGAAGCAGUACCGGGAGUCGUACAUCAGCGAUGCUCUGGAGCUGGACAUGGACCAGCUGGACAAACGCUCCCGAGCCAGCGGCAGCAGCGCGGGGAGCGUGUCCCACCGCAAGCGGCUGUCCCGCCACUCCACCACCAGCCACGGCAGCUCGCACACCUCGGGCAUCGAGACGGACAGCUUCAGGGCCUCGGGCCAGGCGCCGCACCGGCCCCUGAGGACCUGCAGCUCGUCCACCACCAGCCACGGCAGCUCUCACACCUCCGGCAUCGAGAGCGGCGGCAAGGAGCGCAUCCUGGACGACGACGAGAUCGAGAUGCUGGUGGACGACCCCAAAGACUACGAGGAGCUCCACGAGAUGGUUCUGGACCAGGAGCUGUGCAUCCACAUCACCGAGGACAUGUUGACCAUGUCGCCCGACCCCACCAACGGGUACUCAGGACUGAUCGUGAAAGACGUCAGCUCCUCCACCUCCAGCUCCUCGGAGACGGUCGUCAAGAUGAGAGGACAGAGCAUCGAGUCGCUGCCGCAGACGUCCGUGUGCAAGAAGCCUCCGUCCUCGACCGACCGCCACAGCCAGUCCCUGGACGACGUCCGGCUCUACCAGAAGGACUGCCCGCAGUGGGCGGAGCUCUGCCAGGACACCGCCCACAGCUACACGUUCGGCUGCGCCCAGGAGCAGAGCGACGGCGGCGGCGUAGGCGGCGGCGGCUACCAGGGCCUCGCCGAUCAGCGCGCCGGCAUGCUCGCCGAGCAGCAGCCAUUUCCCAUCAAGAGGACCAACAAGUACUUCUCCCUGGACCUCACCAGCGAAGAGGUGCCGGAGUUUGUGGUGUGAAGGCGAAGAAGAAGAAAAGAAGAAAGAAAAAAAACAGACGCGGUGACCUUUUUUUUUCUUCUCGCCCCGACGUCGAGAAGCUUCGGCCCUCGGGGAACGAGCCGGGAGAGAGAGGUGGGUUUACGGGACGCCGGCGAAGAGUCGGCUUCACCGCCUUCGGACGAUUAACACGCGACAAACGAGCACGGACCGCCGCGGCCGGGAGGGGAGCCGAGAGGACGGACACGCGCUCCAGAGACAUCGGCCUCUUUCCACCGGGAAGGAAUCAAAAAGGGAUCGUGUCAUCUUUUAAAAUUUUUUUUUUUUUUUUUACUCAAAUCUGCUUCCGGAACUCCAAAGCGGUUCCUGGGACCCACGCGCCGCGUUUCCCCCGCUUCGUAAAGCCGUGCGUGUUUGUGUGUUUGUGCACGUGGGCUCACGGCGGACCGGAGGCCCUCGAGCAGCGCAUCAAAGAUCUUCUCCGGAGGACAGAAAACCCUCUCUGAGCUACGAACCAAAGACAAGAGUCGUUCCGACUUUUCCUCGGCGUGCUGCCGUGACGACGAACAAUUCACAGCCUCGCCGGGGAGGAAGGGAAGGACCCACAAUCCUUAGAGAGGGAAGCAGCCUCGGUUUACUUCUUUCACUCCAUUUGACCUCAGCAGGAAGUGCAGUGUGCCACAACCCCCCACCGCCCUUCUCGGACUGGACCCCCCCCCCAACGAUGUGCCUUCAUCACUCUAUGCAGGUGUCAAACCGUCGCCAUGACAAUCACGCCUUUUUCGUCAUUAUUAAAGAUUACAAACAUUGUCGCGCGCGCACAAAAAACCUCAGAGGUUUUUUUUUUUCUUUCUCCGGCGUCUAAAAAAACUUCAAAUAGAGACUUUGAUUCCGAGCCGUUUCCGCGUCUCGUGAACUCCCGCCCGGUUUCCCGGGAGGAAUGAGGUCGAGUCGGUUCCUACGUGUCCCGACCUGCAGCCACGAACGCUUCCCUGUAAUCUAAACUCAAAAUGGAGCCUGCUCGGCUUGCCGGGGCCAAAAAAAACAAAACGUACAUUUUAAUGAUGUACAUGUGCGUCUUCCUUUCGGCUCCACUUCCACUCUACUUGUCUUCCGUUGUUUUUGUUUCAUGCAUCGUUUAAAAAAAAAAAGAAAUGUUAUACUGGAAUUUGUGUUGUUUUUAAUUCUUCAUCCUCUGGUUUUGACCUGAAAUCUCUUUACUUGUUGUAUUUUUUGUACGAACUGUUCUGACUCUGUGUACGUUCAACAGUUAAUCUGCGUGCGGAUGAUGUCAUUCAGUAUUACAAGCGGAAUAUAUGUGACAGUAUUAAGGACGGGUGAUGUUUGUGGGACUGAACCAGAAAUACUGGUUUGAUCUUUUUUUAAUCUCAAGAGAACUGUUGCUGAAAGCUCUUAUUUCACAACAGGAGGUUGUUGCGGGUUAAAUCAACCAAUAAAACAACACAUCGUAUUCAUAAAUCAUGCAGCUCGGAUUCAAAGUGCCACAGUUACUGCUUUGUCUGAUUUAUAAAUAAACAAUAUAGUGCUUUUAAAAAAAAGAUACAACCAUAACAUUUGUAACUUGAAACUUAUCAAAUUGAAAACAUUGCACCACAGAAUUACAGCGUCAUUGUAUGUGUCCCCUGACGGCUUGAAAGACGCGCGAUCUCCUUUUCUUAAAGAAAUUCAAGAAAAAUUUCCCGUGCUUUUAUUUUGAAGGUUUCAAAUUAAAUGGAUUCAUGUUGUAAUAUAAAAGACAGGGGUAUGUACAAUAUUUCUACACUCAAAUAAACAAUAAUCAAAUGCAAAGAGAGUUAUUUAACAACAUGUUCGGGGAGUUUAUAAGUGUUUCCGGCCCUUUAAGAGGGCGGCCAUGAUGCUGAUGUGGCCCACGGUGAACAUGAGUCUGACACGCCUGCUCCAGAUGAUUCGGUUUGAUUUACACCUUUUCAGUUCGAAUGAUCCUUUAAGUUAUUGGGGAUUCUGCCGAUGAAGAUGAAUACUCUCAUUAGCGUGAAGCUCCAGCCAGAAGAGGAUUAGCUUAGCUUAGCAUAAAGUACUGGAAACACCUCAUGACUGAUUAGCUACGUUAUUUCGGUCCAGAUCAAACCAAACUGUAUAUAACGCGAUAACUCGGGAGCUUAAGAAGUGACGAUUGGUGGGUUUGAACCCGGCUAACUGUUUCCCCUUGUUUACAGUCUUUAUGCUAAGCUACGCUAACAGAUGGCUCAUUUGAGAUCACUGAUGUUUUACCCGAGUGUCACCAGGUCUAUUCACACCCACAGCUGUCACGACCGAUACAUUGCAAUAGCAUCAAAUAAAUAAAAACACACACUUAAUGUCACACAUAACAAAUACACAACGUUGAUACCGCAGUGUAAUUAAAAACAACUUCUAUAUGUGUUCCAGUUUUUUUCUUCCACUGAUUUAAACUUGUAAUUAUUUCUACUCAUUAAUGUAAAAUGUGUAAAGUAAAGUCAUAUUUUGAUGGACAAUGAUGUUUGUUCUAUUAAAAACCAGUAUGUGUUAAGGUCCAUAGCCAUACAGUCAUACCCCGCGACCUUAACAGUCCUCAUAAGUUGUUCUAACUUCCUUUUCUGACUUCGUUGUAUGGUCUUACUUCCUGAAGUGAGAGUCUGUAUGUCUGUGUCCAUGAUCCCUUCUGUGAAAGGAUCUCCCUUUUUAGGAAGGGAAAAAAACCUCUUCUUUUCUCACCCUGUCGGUAAAAAAUAUGAUUUGUUAUGAUGAAGUCUGGUCCGUGCCUUCUUGGUACUAAUGCCCUCAUUAUCCAAUAAAAAGGUACACUUAUUUGCCAAAGUU